CAAUCGAGAGCCGGGAGUUAAAAAAAAAAAAGAGAAAGGAAGAGGUCCGAAACUUUUUCAGAGCCUUUCUUUGCAUUCAAGAACAAAACAAACCGUAGUAGGAAAGCUUCCUAUAAAAUUGUCACAGAGUGUUCAAACAUGUGACCCGUCUCUAAGCAACGUGGUGUCGAGUUUCGCCUCGCUGGAGAAAAGAGUUACUCAAGACAUGAGCAUCAAGCCACAGGACCUCAGGGUGUAAGAGGCGAUCACCAUGGCAACGCAGUUUAGUAUUGAUGAUGCCUUUGUGUUGGAGGGAGAUGAGGAGGGAGCUGUGUCAGACGGAGAGACAGAGGGAUGGAGGGGCAGAGACAAGGACAGAGAAGCAGGCGAGAUGACAUUUGGUCCUCUAUCUUUCUCUAAACCUCAGACUCAUCCCUCUCCCGCUGCGGCCGGCUCCCCUGAACACAGUAACCUGAAGUAUCAGAAUCUGGAAAAUGAAGAUGCUUUAGGGAACAAUGGCAAUUCCUCUUUCAAUAACUUCUUCAAAAUCAGUGACCCAGCAACUCUGUCUUACUGCAGCUCUCAGUGGUCCUUCAGCACCUUGAGUUCUGUCACGCAGCUUUCUGCACACUGCUGCGGGUGGGUGUCCCAUCCGCUGGUGAAGAAAAACAGAAGAGUUGUUCUGGCUUCAUUCCUUCUCCUCAUCACUGGAGUUGCUCUUAUUUUCACAGGUGUUGUCAUACAGCUGAAUCCAAAUGCAGGGGUUUCGAGUGCUAUUUUCUUUGUUCCCGGAUUUCUUCUGUUCAUCCCUGGAGUGUACCAUGUGAUAUACAUCAGCUGUGCUGUCCGCGGAAGAAGAGGCUUCAAAUUGUUCUACUUACCUUAUUUUGAAAAAUGACAUUUUAUGACACACUACAUUUCUCUAUUUGUUAUCUUAAAAUGAAUUGUAUUUUGUCACUUGUAACAAAAAUAUAUUGUCACGUUUCACAUUCUUUUUUCUUGUCAUUGUAAUGACCACUACUAAUUUAACCACUCAGUACCUUGAGUAUGUUUCCACUACAUGAACUGACAUUGUUGUACGUGUACAUGAAAAAGAAGGAGAUUGGUCUUGCCUGUGUUUUCUAUGUGUGAAUAAUGACUGUGAAAUUACAAUAAAACUUUUGUAUAUUUUA